AUGGCCUCCCCCCUCUACGCCUUCCUCCUCUCUCACGAGACGCACGGCCUGCAGCUCACCCACGCGUCCAAGGGGCUCGUGCGCUUCCGCCUCCGGCUGGCGGCCUGCCACCUCAACGCCGCGGGGAGCCUGCACGGGUCCGUGGCGGCGACGGUGGUCGACUGGGCGGGUGGCCUGGCCGUGGCGGCGUGGGACCUGCGCGCGCAGACGGGCGUCAGCGUCGACAUUCACGUUUCGUACCUCUCGGGGGCUCGGCUGGGGCAGGUGGUUGAGGUGGAAGGGCGUGUGGACCGCGUCGGGGGCAGUUUGGCGUUUACGACCGUGGAGAUUUGGAAGGUGGACGGGUUGGAGGAGGAGGAGAAGGGCGUGGAAGGGGGGGAAAGGGAUGGUUGUGUUGUGUUGGGGAGGCAUACGAAGUAUGUGAGGAGUCGGUCCUAA